AUGGCCUCUGCUAUGGAACAGCAACAGCAACAGCAGCAGCAGCAGACAACCUUAGAGUUUUACCAGGCAAUGGCUGAUUUCAAAAACAUGUUUCCACAAAUGGAUGAUGAUGUGAUCGAGGCUGUAUUAAGAUCUAAUCAAGGAGCUGUAGACACAACAAUCGAUCAGUUACUUACUAUGAGCACAGAUAACGAAAAUGAAAAGAUUAGAAGCGAAUUGGAGCAGAAUGAGAAAUCACCAGGUACCUCUAAGUCACAGAAAACAGACUCAACGAUAUCCUCGAAAAGUAUACGUAAAUGGCAGCCUGCUUUAUUAGGACCAUUGCCAGAUACAUUCCUCCGACUUCCUCAGCAAAUUUCUGAAGAUAAUUUAGAUCCUUCGUGCUUGCAAGAAAAUUCCAUGUUGGAAGACGAAAGAAUUGCUAUAUUUCUUCAAAAUGAAGAGUUCAUGGCCGAGCUACGCUGGAAUGAAGAUUUUCUUUCAACUUUAGAAAAUGAUACAAAAAUUCAAGGGACAAGUCUUGAAAAAUGUAAUAGUCAAAUUGGUCACGAUGAUGAGGAUCUUUUUAAAGAAAGACUAAAAAAUAUGGGCAAAGUAUCUCGACGUAAGUUUGCACAACUUACUAAAGUAUUUACACGUAGUAAAAAACGAGGCGGUAGACAAUUAUUACCCCCAACAGCUUCCUGUGAUGACUUAUUGGACCCAGAGGAAUCAUCUAGAUUUCAAUCUUAGAAAUUAUAAUACUUCCUUGAUCCUGUCAGGAAAGACAGCUUUUCAGUAAUUGGUUUACUUGCAGCAAUUUAUCCAGUCCAAAAGUGAAAAAGAAGCAUAUCUGUAUUAAUAUUAACAAUUGAAUGACAAACUAUAAAAAAGAUUUAGGGUGAGAAUAGUUUUAUCGAUACAGAUUAUUUAAGUUAGAAAACAAUUAGCAAGACUCGUAUUCCGUGCAGUUAAUAUUAAGUUGCUUGAAUGACAGUUUAAUUCAAGAGAACAAAAAGAUCAAAAGAUAAAAUAUAGAAAUAUUAGUCUUAGAUGUUACUUAAAAAAAAGAUUCCAGAUUACGGAAAAUUUCGUAUUUUAAUAAUGUACUGGGAAUAAGUACACAUUUUAGAUAGUAACGGUACAAUAAUUACAACAGUCGUACUACUAAACUAAGAAUCUGUCAUAUGUUGUUAAAAGUAUUGAUUUUUUUAUCAUGACAUUGUGAAAUUUUAUAAAUUUCAUAUUUAUAAAUGGUUGAUAUUAUUUAAUAUAUAUUAUUAUUAUUUAUAAUUAAUCGUUGAUAAUGAUUUAAGGAGUUUAUAGUUGUUCUUUAUACAAAAAUUUUUUUUAUAAUUUAUAUUUAUUUAAAACAAAAUAUUUGUUAUUGGCAAACGUUGUUAAAAUAUAGAAUA